AUGUCUCGCUCAAACACCACCACAGGCAGCCUUAUCCUCAUCGGAGAGCCCCCUGCGUACAUCUUGCUCCAAAUGGCAGACCUCAACAUGGCCAUGUCUUUCAGAGACGCCCUCUCUCGUCUCGAGAACAGCCGCGUCAAGUCGACGAGACCGCUAAUUCCACCCCAAAUCCUCCAGGAAGAUCUCCCACUCACCCUGCUUGCUGCCCAGACUGUCCUUCAAGGCCGUUUGGCCGUUGAAAAUAUCCUCCGCGGGGACGAUGACCGGCUUCUUGUCGUCGUGGGCCCUUGUUCAGUGCACAACGUCGAUGCUGCCGUCGAGUAUGCCAAACUCCUGAAAGAAUACAGUGACACUGCGAAGGACGAUCUCCUCAUAGUCAUGCGUGUCUACUUCGAAAAACCUCGUACAACAGUGGGCUGGAAAGGCCUCAUUAAUGACCCUGAUCUCAACGGGAGUUUCCAGAUCAACAAAGGCCUGCGCAUUGCCCGCACCCUGCUUCUAGAUGUCGCCAAACUCGGUCUUCCCGCUGGUUGCGAGUUCUUGGAUACUAUCAGCCCUCAAUAUACCGCCGAUCUAGUUUCUUGGGGUGCCAUCGGUGCUCGCACCACGGAAUCGCAAGUCCACCGCGAGCUUACGUCUGCUUUGUCAAUGCCCACCGGUUUCAAAAAUUCUACAGAUGGGAGCGUCGGAAUUGCCAUCGAUGCCUGCCGCGCUGCCAGGAGUGGACACGUUUUUCUGAGCGUGGGCAAAGAAGGGCUCAGCAGUAUCGUGGAGACUACCGGCAACCCAGACGUACAUGUCAUUCUACGCGGUGGCUCGUCGGGUCCGAAUUAUGCUGCUGAAUUCGUUCGUGAUGCCGGUCAGAAGCUAGUCAAGGCCGGUUUACCCCAAAAAAUCAUGAUUGACUGCAGCCACGGAAACAGCUCAAAGCAACACCACAAACAAGCUGAAGUGGCCGACGAUAUUGCACGUCAAUUAGAAUCAGAAGAUACGUCGUCCUUCAUAAUGGGGGUCAUGAUCGAGAGCAACCUGGUGGAGGGCCGUCAAGAUAUUCCCGCAUCUGGGCCCGCAGGUCUCAAGUACGGACAGUCUGUAACUGACGCCUGUCUUUCGUGGCAGGCGACAGUCCCCGUACUCGAUCGCCUCCGUGAAGGCGUCCAGGCACGUCGACAGUUGGUGAAAUUCAACGCUAGAAGCCAGUAA